UGACGAAGAAGAGUUUCUUCUUCUUCUGCUGUCUGUGUGUGUGUGCAGCUGUUUCUGUACAUUAAGUCCUCCUCUUCUGUUUUCUGUUCAUUUAUUUAUUUGUCUUUAAUAAAUAAAAACAUAUUAACUGAAGAUGUCUGAGGAUAUGCGGGCCGAGCUGGAGAAAUACCUGCAGACAUUAAACAUCGAGACGACCUGUGUGGAGCACCCGCCGGUGUUCACGGUGGAGGAGAUGAUGGUUCACCUGCAGGACGUUAACGGAGCCGUCACCAAGAAUCUUUUCCUCAAAGACAAAAAGAAGAAAAGUCUCUGGCUGCUGUCGGCUCGCCACGACCGCCAGGUGAACCUGAACGAUCUCGCCAAGCAGCUCGGCGUCGGCAGCGGGAACCUUCGAUUCGCUGACGAGGCGUUAAUGGUCGAGAAGCUUAAGGUGGGUCAGGGUUGUGCGACAGCUCUGGCUCUGCUCUUCGACCAGGACCGUAGUGUGACCCUGGUCCUGGACCGGGACCUGCUGGACCACCAGACCGUCUUCUUCCACCCCAUGACCAACAGCGCCACCAUGGGGCUGAAACCUGCAGACCUGCUCCGCUUCCUCCGGGAGACGGGACACGAACCAGUGCUGCACAGCUUCCAGUAGACCUGGACCUGGAGCAGGACCUGGAACUGGAGCUGGACCAGGACCUGGAGCAGGACCUGGAGCAGGACCAGGACCAGGACCUGGAGCAGGACCUGGAAC